UGCAUAGGUAGGUGAAUUAACCAUGGUUAGCUAGACUUGAGACUUUUGAAGCCUGGAGAGAGAAGAUCUGUAUAAGGGACAAAAGGGUCACUGAGUAGGGGAGAUAGAGAAGCAAAGGGAAGGAGAGAGAGAGAGAGAGAGAGAGAGAGCAGUUGAGAUCCCUAAUAAAACUCCCUCCACAUUUAAAAUGCAAGCAGAGAGAAGGGGGAGGAGUGGAAGUAGGGGACCGGCCCUGGUGGGGUGGGAGGUGUCAUGGUGAGGGGAAAGGAAUCGCAUCGUGAAUCGAGAUAAGAGCGCGUGGUCAUUUCGUCAUCUCCUGCAAUUUUUCUUUGUUGAUGUAUUUCAAUUCCCGAUGAGAGAGAGCUGUUGCUACUACUAAACUCAGAGAGAGAGAGAGUGUGUAUGUGCGCUGUUUUGAUUUGGAAGAGAGAGAAGUAUAGAAAGCGAGACAAUAUUAUGUUGUACCCGAAAUCAGAAUGCCUGCUGCUGUUGCUGCUCUUCUCCAUCAAUGGAUCCGCUUUUUCCGCUCCUGGGCCUUAAACUCUGAACUCCACUGGAUGUCAAGCUUUAGCUUUUUCUUCCAUAUUUUCUUUUUCACGAGUAUCUCACUCAGUGAGAGCUGCUGCUAAGGGUUCCACUGUCUUUGUCAUUCUGAUUUCCUUUUUUUCUCUUUUUUGCUUUUACUUGCUUUCUUUCUUUGGUCCUUCUUUCCUUGUCUCCAAAGUAGAGAAAAAGAAAAAAAAAAAUAAUAAGAAGAGAAGGGGGAGAAAGUUAGAGAGAGAGAGAGAAGCUUAGUUAUGGGUAGAGAGUGGUAUUGGGGUCGAUCCACUAAGAGAGGAGGGGACAAGGAGAGCCCAGGAUGCAUGAGUGCUGUACUUCAAUUCUUUGAUUUUCAUCAAUUUCCUUCCACUUUGCAGCAAACUUCGCUCAAGGUUGAGCCGUUUCUUCACGAAGACCUCAGUACUGUUGUCAAAGGUGUAGAAGCGCCGAGGAAUAGCUUGGAAUCAGAGAAAGGUGUGUUCGUUAGCUCUGCAUCAUUGUCAUCAAUCAAGAAAGAAGAAGAAGAAGAAGACUUGAAUAUUCCGAUGGCUGGUAUUCGAGUCGAGAUAAAACAAAGAACAUCAGGGAGAGAAGCAGGAAAUGCAGCUAAAGCUCGGAAAGAAGAAUUAUCUUCAGAGAGCAGUACUCCUCCGGGGAUCAAAACCCCAAAUCUCGUAGCUCGUCUUAUGGGUCUUGACAUAUUACCCGAUAGUUUCUCUCCCUGCUCCUCCUCCUCAACCCAUGUGAGAUCGAGAUCAUUUGGAAGGGUUUACCACCAUCACCAUCUUCAGGAGAGAAAUGCCUGUGCAGCAGUUAAAAGAGAUAUUAGAUCUCGGCGAGCUCUUCAGAGUAGAACCAAUUUCAUGGACUGCAGCUGUGAGGUGACAGGAACCCGUUCUCUGCCGGACACACCCCGAAUAUCAGCCGCUAGAAGAUCAGACGUGGAUCCCAGGUUCUCCCUUCAAAUCAACAAAGAAAACCUGCUGUCCACGGAGGAAUUUGGUGAUUACUUUGGCCGAGUCUCCAGAGACUCGCUUCCCUGCUCGCCUUACUCUUCUUCAAAGCUUAUUAAAUUGAGGAGAAGAGAGUGGAGACAAGACGACGAGAACAGAAGCCCCAGCAAUUACGCUCGUGAGAUUGUGAAGCAGGUGAAAGAAAACGCUCGUAGAAGGGUUGGUCUCGUCGACAUAACAAACACCACAAGAAUCAUCGCCGGCGAAGGAGAUGAAGCUCUCGCUAUUACCAAGUCCAAGAAAACAAGGCGCUUUACUCUUGCAAAACAAGGAGAUGAAUCAAGCCCAAGCCCAGGCAAGAAUUCGUCAACAAUGGCGUGUUCCCCCCGGCUCAGAUUCUUGGAGACAAAGAGCAAACCAGUCAUGGCCGCUUCAGCCAGUUCCCAUCAUCAAGCCUCAUCACACUCCCCCCGCCCUCCCCGACCCAUCUCAGUGAUCUCACCACCUUCGCCACCACCACAGACAACAGCGCUAUCACCGUUGUCGUCCUCAACAUCUGCAUGUGGGGAUAACCAGUCACAACCCAAAGCUCCUUCUUCAAAGACGGCAAAGUUGAAUGCAUUACAGCAGCAGCAGCAGCAGAAGCAAGAACAGACGGCGAAGAAGUGCAAGAAGGCCAGCGCUGAACGCUUCACUCAACGUCUGAAAAAGCCUCCACAAACCACGGAGACCAUCCGGAACGUGCGAGAAGAAGCUUUCGUUCGUGCAGCACCAAGCAACAAGGCAAGCAUCUCCGAUAAGAAAACCAAGAAAACGCCAUUAUCGAAUGACUUCGUCAACAUCGCCGUUCCCUCCUCCUUCGUUCCACUCAAGAAAGAACAGCCACCACCCUCACAGACACCGGGAGUACAAAUAGCCCACGAUUCAAAACGGUGUUCACAGUUAUCUAGUGGUUCGAGCCGGACGUACGAGGCCCGCCAGACGCAGACUCUCGUCCAUCAUGACGGUAAGAAUAGCGGCAGCAGCAACGGUGGCCAUGCCGAAUUCGAGUACGUAAGUAGGAUACUAAAAUGUACGGGGAUCGACGGAGACACAAUGGUUCCCUUCACCAGAUCCAGAUGGUUCUCUCCCUCUCACCCACUCGACCCAUCCAUUUUUCACCACCUCGAACGCUCUUUUGUGGAAGACCCAAACAACACUCUAACUCUGAUCAGAGGUGGCAAUGGCGCAGUUUCUGCUUCUUCAGGUUCGUUAAGUCAUCGAUGGAACAGAAAACUGCUAUUUCACGUCGUGGACGAGAUUCUGACGGAGGUUCUGAGGCCGUACCUGAGCAAGAAGCCGUGGCUGAGCUGCGUCGGCAACAGGGGUUGCAGUGGUUGCUCAUCGUCACCUUUGAUCAAGAUGAAUCAGCAGAUGGUGAUGAUGAAUGGGUCCCAGCUGAUGGAUGAGAUCUGGUGGCGUAUCAGGAGUUUUCCGUGUGCCAACUGCCAGGUACUUCAGGACAUCGACGCGUUGAUCGAGAAGGACCUUCCCGACACUAACGUGCGCACGGUGCUUCCGUUCUCUGAGGAAGGAGAGUCGAUCGUAUUCGAGAUCGAACGGGAUAUUCUGGACUCCCUCGUCCAUGAAACCGCGGCUGUGUGCUUGGCCCUCUCCGCCGCACAUGAGCAUGAGGCUGCAUCGCCCCCAAUUCCAUCAUGAUGACGUCACUCCGACUCAAAUUCCCAACCUCCGCACAAUGAUGAGAAGUGAUGACUCGAGAGACACCACCUGACACACCUCACAUGGGCAUUCACGUGAGGAGAUGCCAUUCUCUCUCCUCGGCCCCACCUCCCAUGCUUCUCUGAUUCUGCCACGUAGGAUCCGGACAACGACCGUUGCCGACAUCUCUCGUCAUCGCCCCCCAUCACGCAGGCGAGCGAGAAAUACUGAAAGAAGAAUCCCAAUUAUUUUUUACUUUUCCCUUUUAUUUUUGUUUGAAAAAAUAUUGGGACUUGGGGUAACCGGUAACGUCUCUUCGAGUCUUGAUUCUCGAAAGAGGAAGGAGAAGAAACAGUAAGCUUCCAAGAAAGAAUGAUCUCUGAUCUGGGUCGUGCAUGUGUGAGUUCAUCAGUCCAUUAAUGGCGACGGCACUGAGACUGAGACUUGAGACUGAGACUGAGACUGAGACUGAGGGGCGUUAUAUAUUAUAUAUAUGGAUUCGUAAACGUUUUGUUUAUGGUUUAAUAACAGAAAUGAGUGUUCCCAUGGAGAUGGGUUUCUGUAAAAAAAAAAACACUAAAAAGAAUGAUUUCAGUUUAGCCA